GGCGCUACCACCAUUGUGUCGCUGAUCGUCCUCCUUACUUCAAGUGUCAUAUCUUAUCAACUUGAAUAGCAACAAUUUUUCAAUUUAGAAUAAAGUUCACGUACGCUAUCGUAUAAAGUCGUCUUCGAGACUUCAGUUGUUAUUUUAUGAACUUUUAACAGUGUUUGUGGUGUAUCAUGGACGCGCAACAGUUUCGGGAAUUCGGCAAAGCUGCUGUCGAUCUUUUGGCCGAUUAUGUUGAAAACAUUAGAGACAAAGAUGUCCUGCCUUCUGUAGAACCUGGUUUCUUACUGAAUACACUCCCUGAGGAUGCUCCAGAGCAGCCAGAACAAUGGCAAGAUGUCCUGAAAGACUUCAACCAAGCUAUUAUGCCAGGGAUUACGCACUGGCAGUCUCCACGUUUCCACGCUUUUUAUCCGACCGGCGCAUCUUAUGCAAGUAUGGUGGGAGGCUUGCUGUGCGACGGAUUAUCGGUCAUUGGAUUUAGCUGGAUGUCGAGUCCCGCAUGCACGGAGCUGGAAGUUGUGACUAUGAACUGGUUGGGCAAGCUGCUUGGUAUACCGGAAGAAUUUCUACACUGCUCUAGUGGACCCGGAGGAGGUAUAAUUCAGGGCUCGGCGAGCGAAGCAACGCUGGUAGGACUUUUGGCAGCUAAAGACAAAACCGUUCGCAAGCUUAUUAAAAACAAUCCAAACCUAGAUGAAGACGAAAUUAAACCAAAACUAGUCGCCUAUACAUCAGAUCAAUGCAACUCUUCAGUAGAAAAAGCUGGCUUGCUAGGCUCUAUGAAAAUGCGAUUACUUAAAGCGGAUGGUGAGGGAAGGCUUCGUGGCGAAACACUUAAACAAGCUUUCGAAGAAGAUAGAGCUCAAGGUUUAAUACCAUGCUACGUCAUCGCGAAUCUGGGUACCACUGGAACCUGCGCCUUUGACCCGUUGUAUGAACUUGGACCAGUAUGUAAUGAGGCCGAUGUGUGGCUGCACGUUGACGCGGCUUACGCCGGUGCGGCAUUUAUGUGUCCCGAGUACAGGCACUUAAUGAGGGGCAUCGAGUUAGUCGACUCCAUCGACGUCAAUGCACACAAGUGGAUGCCCGUUACUUUUGAUUGUUCUGCUAUGUGGGUCAAAGAUGGAUAUGACCUUGUCAGAGCAUUCGACGUUCAACGUAUUUACUUGGAUGACGUCAAAACUGAUAACAAGAUUCCUGAUUACCGCCAUUGGCAAAUACCCCUUGGUCGCAGGUUCAGAGCUCUAAAAUUAUGGACUGUUCUCAGGAUUUAUGGCGCUGAACGUCUACGGAAGCACAUUAGGGAUCAGAUAUCUUUGGCUCAGUAUUUUGCCAAACUAGCACGUGCUGAUGAUAGAUUAAUUGUGGAGCCAGAACCCUCUAUGGGAUUAGUGUGCUUUAGACUAAAGGGAGGAGAUAUUAUUACGAGAAAAUUACUAGAACAAUUAACUGAAAAGAAAACGGUGUUCAUGGUAGCUGGUACAUACCGGGAGAGAUACGUUAUUAGAUUUGUUAUAUGCUCGCGUCUUACACAGAAAGAGGACGUAGACUUUAGCUGGCAACAAAUUAAAACCGAGAUUGAUUUACUAUGUCCAGACAAAAUACACACAAAAGCGCAAAUACCUGCCAUAGAUCAAAUAGUUGCGAGAGAGAUUUGCGAGAAAUCCAAAUAAUAGGUACCAACACACUCGCUCAUAUCCUGACGUAAACAAACAAACAAGAUGGUGUCCCAUUUAUAAUCUUGAAUUAAACUUAGUACUGUACCUUCCUCUUCGGCAACAAUUUUAUGUAAAUAGAUCAAAUGUGUAAAUAUCACAGGUAUAAAAAUUGCAGAAAGUAAUAAGACCGUCCUACCACUGGGCCAGUUACCUUGGACUUUCCUUCUUCAAAUUGCGUGUGACCUAUGGGUGAUGUGUGUAUAUGAAUAGGAACCUAGGUUCUCUUCUUACUUACAUGUUACAGAGGCAAAUUUUUAAGGGUUCUCAAAAUAUGAAGUCGUAACUUUAAGUUAAAUGUAACAGUGUUAUUGUUAACGUUAAAUAAACCUUUGUGAUCUGACAUCCGGGUUUUGUUAAGGUAAAUAAACAAACUUUAAGAUAAAAA